AUGAAUAAUAAAUGUGAGUUAAUGAUUUAAGAGAGUGGACUAGAAAUAGAAAGAAGUCUAGAUCAUUCUAUUAUAAGAAGUCCAUAGGCUGAACAAUUAAUGAGUUCAUCAAAUAAACAAACUUUAUUAAAAUUUGAUAGUUCAUUUGCAUAAGAAUCAUUCCAAAAAAGAAAAGAUUCAUUAGCGUCAUAAAAUCUAUCAGAUAAAAAUUAAAUGAUAACAACGAUAGUGAAAUAAAAAUAAUUUUCUAAAUUGCUAAUUUAUUGCCAUUCGAUGAAAUUUGCAAAUAGGUUAAUCUCAUUAAUAAAACCUUGCUCUAAAUUUUCUAUUGAAUAAUUUGAAAUGAUUAAUGAUAAAGCAUCAUUUUUCAAUAGUAAUUUAUAAACUAAAAAAUAAACUACCAAGCAUUUUGUUUAAUAAAACUUAGGAGCUAUUGAUUUUUAAUUUAGAUGGCGUUUACAUUUUAGAAAAUUAAAAAAAAGAUUACUUGAGUAUCUUGCCUAUUAAUAUUAAUUAAUUCCAUUAAUUGAACCAGAGAGUUAGAAACUAUUUUUUUGGGAAAUAUUAUUAAAUAUAAUAAGAAUUUAUUUGAUAAUUUGGGUUCCAAUAAUCAUUGUAUUUUAAAAUCAACAAUUAGAAUUUAACAAUGGAAUUAUGAUUCUAAUAUCUAGUAUUUUAAUAUUUAUCGAUCUUUUUUUGCGUUGCAUAACAAUUGUAUAUGAUAAAGGCUAUCCUGUAGAUAAUAGAUAUAUUUUAAUUAAAAGAUAACUAAAGCUAAGCAAUUUAUUAGAAGUUUGUAGUAUAUUUGUUGGAAUUUUUUUAUCAAUUUAAUUUAAUGAUCCUUUAUUUAAUAAUUACUCAAUUUUGGAUGAAAUAGGUUGGAUAAAAUUAUUUUUGAUGUUAUUUUUAAUUCAAAUUAAGAAUGUUAUAAAAUUUAUGAAUAACAUUCAAUAUUAUUACAAACCUAAUAAAGAGAUGUCCUCUGUUAUAGAUCUUAUAAAAUUAGUAGGAUUAAUUUUAUUAAUAUAACAUUUAUGUUCUUGCAUUUGGUAUGAUUCAUAUAUUUAUUAGGUUGAUAAUUGGAAUGAAUUAAUUUUCAUAAUAAAAUACUUGGAUUAAUAAAGUAUUUUAUGAAAGUUGGAAAGUAUAAUAUUUAGAAGCCUUUUAUUUUAUGAGUGUCACAAUGUUUACAGUAGGAUAUGGAGACAUUAAUCCCUAAAAUUCAUUAGAAAAAGUGUUUUGUAUAUGUUAUAUGUUUCUAUCCACUUUAUAAUUAUCUUAUUCAGUUAAUACAAUAGGAACUAUUUUAACUUUACUUAAAGAAAAAAAUGAAAUAUUUAGAUAGAAGAUGACUUGUAUAAAUGAAUUCUUAAAAGAUAAAAAUAUUAGCUAAUAAUUACAAUAUAAGUAGAUUUUUUAAAUUUAUUUUAGGAUUCGAGAGUUUUGUACAUUUUAUUGGGAAUAAGAUAUAAUUUAAAAAAAGAAUGAAUAAGAAUUAAUAAUCAAAGAAUUACCUGAUGAAUUAUAAUAUUAACUUAAAUUAGAAUAGGCAAGAUAGCUUGUCAAUAAGUGUGCAUUUUUUAAAUAAAACUUUGCCAAAUAGACUAUUUAAUAUAUAAUUUAAAGGGUUGAAUUUACAUCUUAUUAACCAGGCACAAUUAUUCAAAUUACACCUUCAAACAAUGGAGUUUUUGUGAUUGAAAGAGGAAAUAUUGAAGUGCUUUAAAAUAAAGUAUUUAUUAUAUAAUUUAAAUAGACUAAAAUAUCUAAUUUAAAAGAUUUUGAUUUAUUUGGAUUUUAAGAAUAUAUUAAUAAUUAGUAUAAUCUUGAUAUUGUCUAUCAAACAACUACUUAUACUAGUAUUUUAUGUAUUCCUUAUUAAAUUAUGAAUGAUGCUAUAAAAAAAAGUAAAAGAGAUUUUGAAAAAAUUUAGAUUAAAAAGUAAAUUUCUAAAUUCAAUUUUUGUUAUAUAUGCAAAAGCACAAAACAUUCAAUUGAAUAAUGCAAAUUAGUUCAUUAUGUUGUUGAUAAAGAAAAAUCAAUUAAAACUUAUUUACUGGUUGAUAAUUAAAUGAGAACUAAAGUUAAGAGAACUAAUAAAUUUUAAAGAUUUUAGACUUUAAUUCAAUAAGAAAAUUUAGAUACAACUUGUAAAUUGAUUUAAUAGGAAUUAGAAAAGGAUAUUGAAUAAAUAUUCCCUGAAUUAACUUAUGAAACUUUAAUAAAACCAUUGAAUUCAAGUUAAAAAAUGUUCGAAUCUCCAAAGGAUCAUGAAAUUUUUCGACCUUAGAAAUAAAACUAUUUACUUGAAACUAUUAAAACUAGUUAAGUUAAAACUUAUGAUAAAUUUUGUAAUAACCUUUCAUUAACAUUUCGUAAUUAAGAUAUCUCACCUUUUAUCAAAGAACCAGAAAUAUUAAAGGAACUAUAAUUAAAAAUGAUUAAUAUCCAAAAAUACCCUUAAAAAUAAUAAAAAGAAUUAUUUAUUUUAUAUAAAACACUUGAAAAUUAAACUUAAGUAGAUUUAGGAAUUGGAAAUUUUGAAAUUGUCAAAAAAUUUAGAAAAUUUGAUAGAUUGUGGAAUAUAGGUAAUGUUAUUGAAUAAUUAAAUUAAAAAUAUUAACAUUCAGAACUUUAUUUAGAUAUAAUUAGAAAGUUAAGUAAAUAUCUACUAUUUCCACUUGACUUUAUUUUGCUUUUUAAAAAAGAUCUGAUUAAAUAAAGAGCUGAAAGUUAUUAAAAUAAAAAAAUCAAGGAUUCUGAUGAUGAAAAGAGCGAUAAUAAAUAAAUUAGUAUUAAUUUUUGUUUAUUAAAAAGGUCCAUUUAGAAAAUUUGAAAGAAGAAAAGCGUUAAUUUAUCCAAAAUCUCUUACUUUUAAAUGA